GCUCCCGGCCCCGCAGCCAGGCCGCGGCUCCCUCCCCCCUCCCGGCUGCGCUCGCUCUGCUCCGCCCGGCAGCGGGGCCGGCCCGUGGCGAGGCGGCGCCGGGACCCUGCCCAGCCCGGAGCGGGAGCGGAGCUCGGCCGGGCCGGGCCCGCUGGAGAAGCCCCGCCCGCCUCCCCGGGGGGGCCAUGGCCGAGCGGGCCGCUGCCCAGGCUCCUGCUGUCCCUGAACCCACUCCUGUGAGCGAAGCCCAUCAUCACACUACAGAGAUCUCCUUGUGGACAGUAGUGGCUGCCAUCCAAGCCAUGGAGAGGAAGGUGAAUUCCCACGCCACGCGGUUACUGAAUCUGGAGGGGAGAACAGGGACAACCGAGCAGAAGUUAACAGACUGUGAGAGGACAGCGAUGGAAUUUGGUAACCAGCUGGAGAGUAAAUGGACUAUUUUAGGAACUCUGAUCCAGGAGAAUAACUUCCUGCAGAGGAGGCUGGAGAACAUGGAGAACCUGCUGAGAAACAGGAACUUCUGGAUCCUGAGACUGCCCCCAGGCACUAAGGGAGAAGUCCCCAAGGUGCCGGUGACAUUUGAUGACGUCUCCGUCUAUUUCAAUGAGCAGGAGUGGGAGAACUUAGACGAAUGGCAGAAAGAGCUUUACAAGAAUGUGAUGAAGGGGAACUAUGAGACACUGAUCUCCCUGGACUACGCUGUUUCUAAGCCAGACGUUUUAUCCCGCAUUGAGCGAGGGGAGGAGCCGUGUGUUGGGGAUCAGUGGGAAUCCCUGGAAGGAUUGGAGGGAAGAGUCCAGAAGAAGGAAGGGCUGGUGGAAAGAGAAAUCCCUGUGGACCCCAGCGCAGGCCAUGCCAUUUCGAACCCUGACAUCCUGCCCCGGGCUGAAGGAGGGGAGGAGCCGUGUAUCGGGGCCCAGGGGGGUUCGGCGGACAGAGAAAUUCCCCUGGAGCCCAGUACAGAAUCACCAGUUUCCACAUCUGCCCCUUUACCCUGGAUCAAACAAGAGGAAGAGCUGGAUGCUGGGGACCAGCAGGAACUGGGGGAAGGAAGAAUUCUCACAGGCUCCAGCAUGGCAGAUGAUGGGACAGCGAGCCAAGAGAAGGAGAAGCCCCAGAAGGGAUGUCUGGAGAAGUUGGAGCUGCAAGGGAUGUCAUCGGUGAAAUCUGAAGAGGAGGUUUUGCAGAGCCUACAGCAGGGAGUGGCUGCACAGCUAGUUAGCCCUGCAGUGAUCAGAGUGGAGAAAUCCACCCAGUGCGACCGAGACUUCGGCCUGCUCAAGGGCUUUGUGGUCCAGCCAGGAGAGAAGCCCUUUGCCUGCGGUGAAUGCGGGAAAAGCUUCCGGCUGAAGGGGAAUUUUGUCAAACACCUGCGGAGCCACGCCAAGGUGCGGCCCUACAAGUGCACCGAGUGCGAGAAGAGCUUCAACUGCCAGUCGGAGCUGCUGCGACACCAGAUGAUUCACCGCGGGGAGAAGCCCUACAAGUGCAGCGAGUGCGAGAAGAGCUACAGCCGCAAGGUGUAUCUGCUCAACCACCAGCGUGUGCACACGGGGGAGCGGCCCUUCCAGUGCACGGUGUGCGAGAAAAGCUUCCGGCAGAAGGCCGUGCUCAUCUCGCACCAGCGCCUGCACACUGGCGAGCGCCCGUACAAGUGCAGCGAGUGCGGUAAGAGCUUCACUCAGCAGUCCAAGCUGACCAACCACUACCGUAUCCACACAGGUGAGCGCCCCUACAAGUGCACCCAGUGCGAUAACAGCUUCAGCGAGAAGUCCAAGCUCAACAACCACUACCGCAUCCACACAGGAGAGCGGCCUUACAAGUGCACCGAGUGUGAGAAGAGCUACUGCCGCAAGGAGUAUCUGCUCAAUCACCAGCGCCUGCACACCGGCGAGCGGCCCUUCCAGUGCCCUGAGUGCAGCAAGAGCUUCAUGCUCAAGAGGAGCUUCAUGAAGCACCAAAGAAAUCACAUGGAAGAGAGACCCUACCAGGACGGCCUGGCUGCUAAAAGCCAUGGUGGGUCUGUCGGACGUCAGGAUAACGACCUGGGAGAAGGGCUGACGUGCUGCACUGAAUGCGGGGAAAGCUUCACGGGGAAGCCUGAGCUAGAGACGCAUCAGCAGGUCCAUGUCAGGGAGCGGCCACAUCAAUGUGGCACGUGUGGGAAAAGCUUCCGAUACGAGGAAUCUCUGAAAGAACAUCAGAGUCUCCACAGCACAGAGCAAGGGCAUCCGGAGGUUUCUCGGAGCCCCGGACAGGGAGCAGAGGCCGGACUCCUGGUUGUAAAGAUGGAAGAUACGUGCUACCUUCUCAAGAUGAUCAUGGAAGGAGAGGCUGUGAUCGCGUUUCACUCCCAGAUAUGUUGGAGUCGGGGAAAGGGAGGCGAUUCCCGCCGCCAGGGGCCGCUGCCGCCCCGCCGCUCCCGGCCCCGCAGCCAGGCCGCGGCUCCCUCCCCCCUCCCGGCUGCGCUCGCUCUGCUCCGCCCGGCAGCGGGGCCGGCCCGUGGCGAGGCGGCGCCGGGACCCUGCCCAGCCCGGAGCGGGAGCGGAGCUCGGCCGGGCCGGGCCCGCUGGAGAAGCCCCGCCCGCCUCCCCGGGGGGGCCAUGGCCGAGCGGGCCGCUGCCCAGGCUCUGGCCACCCCGCGCCCCGUGUCUGUGCCGCCCCGGGGAGAGAGCCCGCUGGACGCUGCGGCGGAUCCCCUCCCUGCCCCGGCUGCCAUCCAGGCCCUGGAGAGGAAGCUGGACUCUCACGCCGCCCGGUUGCUGAGUCUGGAGGGGAGAACAGGGAUGUCCGAGAAGAAACUAAUAGACUGUGAGAGGACAGCGGUGGAGUUUGGGAACCAGCUGGAGAGUAAGUGGGCCGUGCUGGGAACUCUGAUCCAGGAGUAUGGGCUGCUGCAGAGGAGGCUGGAGAACAUGGAGAACUUGCUGAAGAACAGGAACUUCUGGAUCCUGAGACUCCCCCCAGGGACUAAGGGGGAAGUCCCCAAGGUCCCGGUUAUGUUUGAAGACAUCUCAGUCCACUUCUCCAGGGAGGAGUGGGAGAAUUUAGAAGAAUGGCAGAAGGAGCUUUACAAGAACUUGAUGAAAGACAGCUAUGACUCUUUGAUCUCCCUGGACUGUGCCAUCUCCAAACCUGACGUCCUAUCACCGACAGAUCAGGAGGAAGAACCAGGUGUCGGGGUGCAGGGAGAUCUGGAGGAGAGAGGAACCUCUGUGGUUCCCAGCACUGACUCUCCAGUUUCGACACCUGACGUUUUAUCCCAGGUUAAACAAGAGGAGGGAUUGUGCAGCAGAGAUCAGCAAGAAUUGGGAGAGAGAGAAAUCCCUGCGGAUCCCAGCCUAUCAGGUGAUGGGCUUGUGAUCAAAACGGAGGAGGGGCCUGUCGGGGAAGGCCACAACAGCCCAGAGCCACGUGGAGUGCAAUUGGGGACAUGCAGAGAGAGCGAGGGGCGGGCUCCCGAGUGGGGAGCACCCUGUGAGAGUCUGCCUGGCCCAGUGAUGCAUCUGAGGAGCGACCUGGGGCAGCCCAACGAAUGCAGUGGGGGCCAGAAUGAAAUCGCUGAGCCCCAGGGCAGCAGCGCCGUCCCCCGGCUCAGCCAGCCUGCGGAGAGGCCCUUUCAUUGCCUGCAGUGUGGCAAGAGCUUCACCCGGAAAGACACCCUGCUGUCCCACCAGCGCACCCACACCGGGGAGCGGCCCUACGCCUGCGCCCAGUGUGGCAAGACCUUUGCACAGCAGUCCAAACUCAGCAGCCACCGCCGCACCCACACGGGCGAGCGCCCCUACGCCUGCACCCAGUGCGCCAAGACCUUUGGCCGCAAGGAGCACUACACCCAGCACCAGAGGACCCACACGGAGGAGCGGCCCUUCAUCUGCAGCCAGUGCGGGAAGAGCUUCCGCAGGUACUUCAACCUGACGGUGCACCAGCGCACCCACACCGGGGAGCGCCCCUACCCGUGCGCCCAGUGCGGCCGCCGCUUCAGCCGCAAGGAGCACUUCCUGCUGCACCAGCGCAUCCACACCGGGGAGCGCCCCUACCAGUGCAGCCAGUGUAACAAAAGCUUCAUCCACCAGUCGCGGCUCAACUACCACGCCCGCAUCCACUCGGGGGAGCGGCCCUACGCCUGCGCCCAGUGUGCCAAGCGCUUUGCCGAACCCUCCAAGCUGGCAGUGCAUUACCGAGUUCACACGGGCGAGCAGCCCUACUCCUGCCUCCAGUGCGGCAAGAGCUUCGGCUUGAAGAAAAGCCUCGUAGUCCACCAGCGGAGCCAUGCCCAGGAGCGGCCCUACCAGUGCUCCGAAUGCGGUAUCCACUUCAUCUGCCAGUCCUACCUCGUCCGGCACCAGCUGGUCCACACCGGGGAGCGCCCCUACAAAUGCACCGAGUGCGGCAAAAGCUACAGCCGCAAGGAGCACCUGCAGAACCAUCGGCGUAUCCACACGGGGGAACGACCCUUCCAGUGCACCGCUUGCGGGAAGAGCUUCAUCCAGAAACAUCAUCUCCUGAAGCACCAGCGCAUCCACACUGGGGAGCGCCCCUACCAGUGCGGGGAGUGCGGGAGGAGCUUCCGCUGCAAGGAGUCCCUGAAGGAUCACGCCAGGGUUCACGGCACAGAGCUGGGUCACCCGCAGGCUGCGCCCAAUCCCAGACAGGUACUGAAGAUGGGCACUGUGGGGUGUUCUGUGAUGAAUAUUUUUGCUUUGCUCUGUCUGAGCAGUGAGGGGCCCAAGGCAGCUUUGAUAGGACAGCUGGUCCCCCGGGCUGUGCGCGGGGGCGAGGGGCUCUGCCCCCCGAGAGGAGACGGGGGCGGCGCUGCCGUGACUCUGUCGGGCCCAGGAGAGCGGGGGGCCGAGGGAGCCCCCCCAGGCUGGCGGUCCCGCAGGGCGCUGGCGGGGCCAGGCGAGUCCCUCCCCGCGCGGAUAAAGGACAAGCCCCGCUGCCGGGAGGCGGGCUCGGAGCUCGCUGCGCCCGUGCCCGGUAGGCGGCACUGCUCGGGCUCGCCGCCCCUGGCGCGCCGGCCGCCCGCGCUCUUCGCAGGACCAACGAGGCGGCGGCGGGUCCCUCCCUCCCUCCCAGGCUGCACUCGGGCCGCUCCCUCCCCAGCAUGGCAGCGGGACCCAGCCCACGCCCCUAGCGAGCCCCGGGCCGGGCCGCUUCCCCCGAGAGCCACCCAGCGCGGGGCCAUGGCCGAGUGGGCGCCCGCCCAGAUUCAGGAAUGGAACGUCGAGGCGCAACAUCUGCUGCCUUUGCAGCCGCCGCUGGUCCCCGAGCGCGCUCACAUGAGAGAAGCACAGCUGCACACGGCAGAGGCCUCGCUCUGGACUGUGGUGGCUACAGUGCAGGCCAUGGAGCGGAAGAUCGAUCUGCUGGCCACGCGCCUGCUGAGCCUGGAGGGGAGAUCUGGGACGGCCGAGAAGAAAUUAAUAGACUGUGAAAAAACAGCAAUGGAGUUCAAUAACCAGCUGGAGAGUAAGUGGGCCGUGCUGGGAACUCUGAUCCAGGAGUACGGGCUGCUGCAGAGGAGGCUGGAGAACGUGGAGAACCUGCUGAAGAACAGGAACUUCUGGGUCCUGAGACUACCCCCAGGCACUAAAGGGGAGGUCCCCAAGAUGCCGGUGACGUUCGUCGACGUGGCUGUCUAUUUCUCCGCGGAGGAGUGGAAGAAUUUGGAAGACUGGCAGAAGGAGCUGUACAAUAACCUGGUGAAGGAGAACUAUGAAUCCUUGAGCUCGCUGGACCGUACCCGUUCCAAAGCAGACCCCGAGGCCCGGACAGAACGAAGGGAAGAGGCAUGUGUCCAAGAUCAGCAGGACUUAAAGGAGAGAGAAAUCCCUCCAGAGCCCUGCACAGAAUCCCUGAUGUCAACGCCUGACAUCCUGUCCCGGAUCAAACAAGAGGAGGGGCCUUUUGUCGGGGAGCAGCAGUUCUCGGAGGAGAGAGGAAUCCCCACGGACCCCUGCGCAGGAGCAGAUGCUCUGAUUUCUGCCCAUGACUUUUUAUCCUGGAUUAAACAAGAGGAGGAGCCCUGUGUCCGGGAUUCGUGGGAGCUGGCUGAAAGAGAAAUCCUCACUGGCCCUGGCCCAGGCGACGGGCUCAUGGUGAAGUCGGAGGAGCAGCGUCACCGCCAGGCAGGCCCGGAAGAGCUGGGGCUGCUGGGGGGGUCUGGGGAGCCGCUGUACCAGGCCCCUGCCUACGGGAGCCAGCGUGGCUCGGUGACCCAGCAAGCCGACCCUGGCGAGAACAGACUGGGUAAAUCCUUCCGCUCGGACGCCAGCUUCGGCGAGUUCCCAGGCACCCUGACCCCGCGGGGAGCCGGCGCGCUGGGGGAGGAGCGGCCGCACGGCUGCGCCGAGUGCGGGAAGAGCUUCAGCGUGAAGAAGAGCCUGAAGAUCCACCAGCGGAGCCACGCCAAGGAGCGGCCCUACGCCUGUGGGGAGUGCGGCAAGAGCUUCAACUGCCACUCGGGGCUGGUGCGGCACCAGAUGAUCCACCGCGGCGAGCGGCCCUACAAGUGCGAGGAGUGCGGGAAGUGCUACAGCCGCAAGGAGCACCUCCAGAACCACCAGCGGCUGCACACCGGCGAGCGGCCCUUCCAGUGCGCCGCCUGCGGCAAGAGCUUCAUCCGCAAGCAGAACCUGCUGAAGCACCAGCGCAUCCACACCGGCGAGCGGCCCUACCAGUGCGGGGAGUGCGGGAGGAGCUUCCGCUACAAGGAGUCCCUCAAAGACCAUCAGCGGGUUCACGGCGCGGAGCUGGGGGCCCCCCCUGGGCUCCCGCCGGCCCUGAGCAGCGGGGACUAGAUCCCGGGACUCCGUGGCCUAGACCACAUGGCAGCUCGGGACUGGGUCGUAACCGACCGCGAGUUAAAUCCAAGGCAGCGAAGUGAAAACCAGUGCCAGAAACGAAGCUUUUACCAAAUACGUCCGCGGGGCGCGAGGCAGCCGGGGUGUCUGGCACGUCCUCGGAGGGACCCCCAGCACGUUUUUCAUACCCAUCUCCCAUCCCCAGGACAAGCCCCUUCCACGCAACCUGCAGAGAGAGCCGGAAAGGCCGGUGCAUGCGCCGAACGCUGCUCCCCGCCUCCUCCCGAGUCCCCACUAAUGUCCUGCUCCGGUUCUAAACCCCCUCCUGGGGCUCUUCUCUAGAACCCGCUUCCUUUCUCCCGCUCCACACCCACAGCGGCACGAUUGUGUGAGAGCCUUCUCCUCUGCAGCUCCUGCCCCCAGAGCCGCCUCUCCCCACAUUUCCCCUCCCACUGGAUGUAGAUUGACUCUUUCUCACCCGUAGCUCUGUGUCCCGCCCUCCUCCCCCUCCCCCCCCCGUUGUUUUUACAUUUUAAUUUCCUAAGCGUGCAGUUAAACUCUGUCAAGUGUUUGGCGGUGUAGUUUUAUAUGGCAGAUGCAAUGCAAAAUAAAGUUGUGUUGGGCUGUU